UGUUGUCACUUGCUAAAUGUUAAAUAUUUCCGACAAAAAGUUUUGAGACUGAGAGUUGUUUUUCUGAUUGAACACAUAGCUUUAUAGUUUAAAAGUGUUUUUAUUCAGUACACCACUUAUGGGCUCGAAUUUAUUGUGUGGCAUGCUAUAAUACAAGCAAUAGUAAUAAGUGUUGUAAAACUUUAAUAAUGGCUAAGAAAAAAGCGAAGUCGAAAUCAAAGAAACAAUUAAAUUUUCAAAAGGGAUCAACGAAAAACGUACCGAAUGAUGUAUUGGUAUCUGCUGUAUCAGUCAUGCCAGUCAUGACAAAAGUAUGCAGGUUGUGCGAAACGAAAGAUGGUCCUUUUUUAAAUAUUUUCGAAUCUGAUAAAUCAACUGCUAAGAAGAUAGAUGAACUAAUGCCUUUUGGGAUUUCUGAAAAUGAUGAAUUACCUCACAAAAUAUGUUUCCGGUGCUCAGCUAAAGUUGAAGAGCUUCAUGAGUUUGUACAGAAAUGUGUCAAGACACAAGAAAAUCUCCUAGCUGCUACUGGUAAAAAAGAUUUACUAAACACAAAAACAAAAACACGAGAACAGUGGGAAGAAAAGCUGAACAAAACUAACUUGUCGAAUGAUGACAUCUGCGAUGCUCUCAUAAGAAAAGCUAUGGAAGCUAUAAAAGAUAUGCCAUUAAACCAAUCAGUUGUAGCAGAGGAUAAGAAUUCUCUACUUGGACGAAAGGUGCGAGCGGAACCCCAAACAAAUAACAUUUUAAAAUUGCAGGCCAAAACAGAAGACAGUAAUGCUGCUGUGAAUCUCAAACCUGUAAAAUUGACUAUUGAAAAAUGUGACCAAAGGGUUACUCGGUCGGGGUCAGAUAAAAUUGUCAAUAAACAAAGUAAAAAACUUGACACUAUAAAUACAAAUUCCAUUAGCACACCAGAGGUACAAGAUAGUCAAAAACCUGAAAAUAGUGGACAAAAAGAUACAACAGCUGAAAAUAUUGCAUCUGAGGAAACUACAAAACAGGAAGUGCCAUUUAACAUAAUGGAUCAUGUAAGCACAAUCAAAGUAAAUCAAGUAGGAGUACUCUUCCAAUGUAAGUUAUGCAACCGGAAUUUCUUAAAAAAGGAAAUAGUCGAAAGUCAUUUUUGUGCCCGAAACGGUGCUCCCAAAACUGAUAUUACAAAACACUUACCCCCUCCUGAACCACCAAAAGCCACUAAUACUGUGAAAUAUUUUAAAAUGGACAGUGAAAAACGUAUUAUGUCAAAUGGCAAUGAUAGUGUUACAUCAAAUAAAGAAUGUAAAGAAGUGCCAGCUGAACGAGAACUUAAUAAAGCUUUAGAAGAACCAGUCAAGCCUUUAGCUAAACCAAAACCCAAAAUAGGCCCUGCAAGUAAAGUAAAAAAAACCCAAAUGGAACCAUCUCCUUGUGUAACUGAAACCCCUGAAGUGACUAUUCUCACCCCUACCGCACCCCUUGGAAAUUUUAAACUAAUGCCUAAUGUAAACUCAAGCUACAAUUUAAUGCCCAGUCCAAACUCAAGGUACAAGAUAAUGCCUGGUCCAAACAAUUCUUUUGUAUUAGUGGAAGAAGGUUCAACUUCCAAAGCUGCAAGUGAGGAGACUAAUACUGCACAAAAGGUACCUAAAAAAAGAAAAAAUGAAGGUAAAAUUCAUGCUGAUAUGAAUGAAUGUUCUUCAUACAAUAUCCAAAGCUCAGAAGUCAUUGAUGUAGAUGAGCCUACUCCAGUAUUGCCAUCACAACAGAAGCCAUAUCCUGUUGGGCUUUUUCAAACAGUUGCCCACCAUACUGGGAUCUAUGUGUCAAAAACUACUCAGAGUGCAACAUUCACUACUCCAGCCAUGAAAAAGCAGUCUUACACUGUUCAUCAAACUGACAAUCCUAGCAAAUUAGUGAUCUCAACGAAACCUCAAAUAUCUACUGAAGAAAUUCCUAAGAAAAAGAGUAAAAGAAUUCGACCAGAAACCAAUGAAACUCCAUCGAAAGAACCCUUCUCUGUGACAUUAGAAGAUGCAGCACCACCAAAAGAUCCUGGCUUCUUUACCUUUAUCAAUGUGGAUCCUUUGUUGCAGCCUUCAUAUGUUCUACCAACAGACAAUAUUAUCCAAGAAUCACAAAUUUCAACAUCCACUCCCGUGGUGAAGGCUGGUGGUACAGAUAAAAAAGAAAAAGAACAAUAUUCUUGUAACAUGUGCAAUGAGAAAUUUAGUAGAGAGAAAAAACUACUUACCCACAUACAAUCACAUUACGAUAAGUUGGACGAAGAAGACAUGAAGAGAGAAGAAAGAAGUAGUAAUAAAAGAAAACAAAAGAAAUAAUAUUUCUUUUGUUAUUCGCAAGCUUAAACAUUAUGAAAAUAUUUUCAUUAAGUAAUCUGCCAUUUAUUUGAUGCAUUUUACAAAUUAUUGUGUCUUGUUGAUUUUGUGAAAAUGUCACUCUUAAUUGCUUUAAAUCUUAGAAAAUAAUUAAUGAAAAUAUUUUUGUGUUGUUUUGUAAAUAUAUCACAUAUAAGUCUAGUUAAGUUGAAAGUACCAUUAGAUUGAUGAGUUUGAAUGUGCUGUUUUUUGUGUUAAAAUAUAGAAAUUGUUUUAUUGAUACAUAUUAUUUGUUCUCAAAAAUAUGCUUUGUGUUCAGUUUACAUAGGUAUUAAUGCAUUGCAUUUAUUUUUAUUACCCUUGUAGGAAAACGAGCAUACGGCCCACCUGAUGGUGAGUGGUUACUGUCGCCCAUGUACUUCAGCAAUGCCAGGGGAAGAGCCAAGCCGCGGCCUACCGUAAAUUUUCAUUAUCCAUCAGAUGUAGUGCAAUCGCUAUUGUUGCUACAAGUGAGCACAGGUGUCAUUUCUAACAAUUAGAGGAUGUCGGGCUAUGGUCUGGCUCAGCUUUUGACAUUGAUGACGUCUAUGAGCAACAGUGACCAUACACGGGUAGCCGGGCUGUGUGCCCAAGUCAAUUGGAAAAAGUUCACGAUAAUUCCGUUGCGAGCUUAAUCUAAUCAAAAUAAUUUUGUGGACUGUAAGAUGGACGGUAAGAAAGAAGAUAUGCGUUAGAAAUUUAUAGAGUAAUUCUAAUCAAAGAGAGAUUUUUUUUAAUUCCAUUUGGCUCCAUAUCCAUUGUAUUAUUUCACAGCAAUUCGAUUGUCUUGAUCACCUUGUAGUGUUUUUGGCAUUAUAAUAAGUAUCAAAUUGAUAUCAAAGUACUCCAAAAGAUGACAACAGAUUACUUAAAAAAAUCUUAACACCUAUUCUACAAUGCGACGCAGAACCUUCAGAGGCAAGCUUUAUUGAACAUGCUUACAGACA